AUGGGUGACGCCGAUUUUGAUCAAGUACCUCACAUCUUAUUCAAUGGUAUAUCCAAUCUUCGAAGACGAGGCUGCCCUGGAACUCUCAUUCCGUUGACGCACAACACACGUGCUGUUCUAUGCGGUAAUGAUUCAAACGAAGUCAUUGCAGUUGCGAUUCGAUUCGGCGAUGGCAAAUGUUUGGUAUUUGCACACUGUGAUUAUCCAUACAUUUUUCUCAAUGGUGAAGUCGAUGAUCAAAAUUUUGUCAAAAAUUGUCGACAAUGGCUUAUUCAAGAUGAAAAUGCCCAAUUUGUAUCUAUUAACGAUGCCAGUUCGAUGAACGAUGUACAAUACUACGGGAAAAUUCUCGUUUGGGAUGGACAUUGUAUAAAAGACGAAACAUUCAUGAACGAUCUGUGUGUAUAUUUGCAACAAGGCGGUGCACUCAUUUGUGGAUCAGUCGCAUGGGGUUGGUUGCAAGUAAAUAAGGGAAAAUUUCUUUCGGAUUUUCCAUUCACGCGUUUUUGCGAUUAUAUUGGCGUUAAAGUAACCGACAACUACAGCAAUUGUCCCGAUCCGAUUCCGUUUCGAUCUGAAUUGAUCGAAUUCAAAAAUAUUUAUCAUGUCGUUCAAGAACUUGCCAAUGAUCCGAAUAAUAUUAAAAAUUUGACUAUCAUCGGAUCGGCCCUUAAAGAACUAGGCGAUACUUUGCCUGGUGUAGUGGCCGAAACACUGCAGAACAUUGUGCUGAACGCCGGUAAUGAAUUAGUACCAGCGAGAAGUUGUCCAGUUCUGGAUAAAUCUUGUCGAGAGCAAUCGACUGGCUUGUGUGGUAUUCUAUGUGGUUUACCCGGUAUCAAAGCUUGCGGUAUACAUUGUUUUCCUGGCGACUUUGAUCAACCACCGCGUAUCGAAACGGAUGUUAUAUGCCAUAUUGACUCGAAUGUCAACGAAUGGUAUUGCACAGGUUUCACUUUCUUAGGAUACUACGUCGCUGCUGGUAUUCCGAUAAAAAUUGAUAUAGUAGAACAAGUAGGUGCAACCGGAUGGUCAGCUCGAAUUGGUUGUCAUAGCGAUAAUCUCGAGAGCUGUGACGAAUUACGUCGAUGGUCAUGUAUUUCAAUAUGUAAACCUUUGACUGGCACUAGUGUUCGAAUGAGCUCUCCCUUCGGUGGUCUUCUAUUUCUACAAAGUCCUGAUGGUGAAUCGAAUUUGAUUAUUGUUCGUCUUCAUCACGUUGUUCUAACACCGACUUAUGAUCUUACGGAUCCGUAUCGAGAAAUAACAUGGCAAGAUCGACGUGAAUACGAAGGUCUCUGGGCUGAUAUUGCCGGACAGCAUAUUGUCUUCAACCUUCCUUCGAAAAGUGUACACAAUUUGGAUAGUGCUCAAUUAGAUGAAGUUCUACAGUUCUGGGACACUGUAGUACUUGCCCAUCAUGAACUACGAGGUACGACACCAAAACAUCGUGAGCGUAUCGUUUGUGACGAACAACCGUCAGUUGGUUAUAUGCGUAAGAAUAUUCAAUUUAAGAAUUUCUCUUGUUCAAUAGUUUCUACCAUCUUUUUAGAUAGCGGCUAUCCGAUUAUGACACAUUUGGACGUGUGUGAUCCAAAAUCGAAUGAAUUUAUAUUGAAUGGUCCACAUUUGAAAAAAAACGGUUGCUGGGGUCUUUUUCACGAACUCGGUCAUAACAUGCAGCGAGAUUGGUGGACAUUUGCUGGUAGCGUUGAAGUGACCGUGAAUAUUUUCACUCUACAUGCCAUGGAUACAGUUUGUCAUAUACAACCAUGGAUUCAUUCUUGGCUUCGGGAUCAAAUAUCGGAUAUAAAGAAAUAUAUUGAGAACGGAUCAAAAUUUCAUGCAUGGAAAAACUCUCCUGGUGUUGGCCUGUUCGUCUAUGCACAACUUGUGCGAGAAUACGGUUGGGACAAUUAUAAAGCCGUCUUUCGUCAAUAUGAACAAACCCGACCCGUUCUUCAUAACGAUCAAGAAAAGAUGGACCGUUGGAUCGAAACGUUUUCGCGUCAAGUUGGCUAUAAUCUGAUUCCAUUAUUCAAAUUCUGGGGUUUUCCUGUUUCGCAAUCGACUAUCGAUGCUCUUCUAACUUUGGAGAUUGCAGAUAUUUCCGAUGAAUUCAUCGAAAUGGCACCCGAGCGCUAUCAAAUCUAG